AUUAAAUGAAUAUAAGUCAGAGUAAUUUUCUCUGAAGCCAUUGAGACCAGACCGUGCGCGUGUUGUUGUGUGAUCGGGCGCGUGCACGUGUCUCCUCCUCUCGUGAGCCCGAGAUUUGAAAGUGAAGCUGUGUGAGGAACAGUGUGUGUGUUCUCACGCUGAUCCUCGGUGUGUGCGUUUGUUUUUGUGUGUGUGUGUGUGUGUUUUAGAUAAAGUGGGGACGUGGAUGAAGCUGAAGCUCGCUGUGACCUCUCGACGCCGCUGAGCUCCCCCCCCGCGUGAUGGAUGCAGAGGAUGUUCUGCAGGACGAGGACCUGGACGCCUCGUGGACGCUCUUGUCCUGGCUGGCGUCCUGCGUCAUGGUGUUCGGGGGGGCCCUGCCCUACGUGCCGCAGUACCAGGAUAUCCAGCGGAGCUCCAACACUGAGGGCUUCUCCACCCGAGUGUGCCUGGUGCUGCUCGUCGCCAACAUCCUGCGCAUAUUCUUCUGGAUAGGAAAACAGUUUGAGGUGACCCUGCUGCUCCAGAGUGUGGUGAUGAUCCUGACCAUGUUCGCCAUGCUCCACCUCUGCUGCACGGUCCACAACACCAACCGAGUGAGCACCAGGCAGCACAGACUCACAGAUUUGGACUUCCGGUACUUCUGGAAGUGGAGUGCGUUCGAGGACUACCUGCUCUUCUGUUUCGGCUUCACGGUGCUGUGUGCGGUGGUCACCCUGCUCCUGCUCGACUCCCCGGUGUUCGUGGAGGCGCUGGGCUCCCUGGCUGUGAUGUUCGAGGCCAUGCUGGGCCUCCCGCAGCUCCUGCAAAACGUCCACAACCGCUCCACCAAAGGCAUGAGUGUGAAGAUGGUGCUGCUGUGGACGGCGGGUGACGUCUUCAAGACCGCCUACUUCGUGCUGAGCGAAAGCCCUUCUCAGUUCUGGGUGUGCAGCUCGGCCCAGAUCCUGAUCGAUGCGGCCAUCCUCCUCCAGGUGCCCUUCUACACCCAGGACACACGGGUCAAGCUCGGCUGAACCCACAUGUUUCUCUGGGCUUUUUAAAAAACAACGGGAACUGAAAAAGGAGAAGAAAAGUGACAGAACAUGGAUGAAAACCCAAAGUCAGCCUUUUAGUAAAAUAUUCUCUAGUAUCAGAACCAACCAAAGAACCAUUAAAUCAAUUAAGACUUUUUUAAGUCACUUUUCUAAAAGCACGUCUGUAACAGCAGCUGCAACCAACUCUCCUGCACCUGCAGCCCUGCACUGGAAACUACUGCUGAUGAGCCUCCAGCUUCACACUCCACACCUCUCUGAUGGUCCUCAUGAUAUAUUGUGUGUGUGUGUCUAUGUGCCAGUGUGCCAGCGUGUGUUGGCUGUUGGCAUCCAGCGCCAAACCAAGGCCACAGAAUGAACAGCAGGCAACAGGGACUUCUGUAGAUGGGUCGUCCAUCUGUGGUACGACUCUGCUCUGUGGUCUGACUCACAAAGCACCGUAGCCCUGUCUCCAAAGAACACGUGGGGACGCCGCCAUGUUUUCACUUUACCUCACAAAGUCCUUUGCAGACGCCAAAGAACAUGUCACACGUGUUUCGUUUUUUUAAGAUAUGACAAUGUUACUGAAUAUAUUGUUAUAUUUUAACUCCAGUGAAUAAAAUAGACCCCUUCUUAUGAAUCAGAACUAAGUGGGAAUGUCUUAAGUGACAAAAGUAAUUUACAUUUAGGUACUGCGUGAAAAUUACAUAAUUCUUUCAUAUUUAUUUUUGUCUACAAAAGUCUGGAGUACCUUUUAUCCCAAUAUCUCAAAAUUAACUUUAAACCCUAUUUUAUCGGUAUCAUCGAACCAUAAUCAUUUACUUGACCUUAUUAUCUUUUUGGAACACUACCAGAGCUCCCAAUGCAAACAUGGAGGAGUGUGAAACUGGAGAUUUGCAAAUGUAAACAAGUGAAUAUUUUAAAGACUUAGUAAUUAAGGACUAUUUAACGGACAAAGGUCAGCACCUGAUUACUGAUUGAUCUAUUGAUUAUCUUAACCUACGCCCGAUUCCAACCAGAGAACCCCCCCCCUCUCCCCCUCCCCUUUUCUGACCGCUCAGAUACGUACUUUGCACACACUCCCUCAGUUGAGACCAUUUACUUUCUCUUUCAUGGCACGUGAAGCUCCUCUUGCUGGUGCCAUUUAAAGUAUUGAUCAGAUUAAAAGCAUCUUCAUUAACCCGGAAAGGUCCCUUAACACACAGUGGACAGUUUGUGUGACACGUGGACAUUGUGCUCACGCUGCCUGUAAAAGCUCCUGUGAGUCCGUCACAGCUGAGCUCUGCAGGGAACGAGGUUGUGAACUGUACUGACGACUCGAGCAAGGUCAGAUCAUGUUAUUGGUCCCCCCCCCCAGCCUCGUUUGGUUAUCGGCCAUGUGUUCCGCUCGGUUCACCUUGACUCAGCCUGACUGCAGAUGAAAGCUUUUUCUGUCUGAUUAGUUCAAGAGACACACAACAGCCAAUGAAACCCUUCAAUCAACCAUAUUAACUUCCGUUACUAAUUAACUAAUUAAAAAUCUUCAAUCGUCCAUAUUAACUUCCUUAAAUCACAAAUACUUUAUUCAGAGGAUCCGUUCAAAACACUAAUUCAACCAUGUAGCCUGGAGGAGUGUUGAGUCUCCUUCACCUGUUUCUCAGCGGCUUCUAACAAGAGAAAACGCUCUGCAGGAUCAAACACACCAGCAGCUGAUCUGCAGUCAGUGCAGGUUUCUCUCCCCUCAGCUGGAUUUAAUUAAAUAAUAAUGCUGCCUGCCUAUAAAGUCUUUCUGUCACCUUUGCAACUCACUGACUCAUGUCCAUCAGUUAAUCUAUACCACUUCACUACACACCAUGUUCAAAGUGCCCAUAUUAGGCCUUUCAGGGUUAUUUGUCUUUUAUUUUGUGUUUUUUCCUGCACGUAAAAUGUGCUAGAGAACAAGGACACAGUCAAGUGCAGAGGAGUUUCUUUUCUCCCACAGAAAACUCUGCUCUUGAAGUUCCUGAAUCUCUCUGUGUGCAGCUGAGACAGGUUUUUGGAAAUGCACGGGAUGAGACACAACGUGGACUUUGAACAUUAAAGAAUAUAAACUUAUUCUUAUUCUCACAAACUAGCUAUCAGGACUUUAUAUUUCAUCUUCAGAUACCAGUGUGCCUCAGCCAUUGAUGUAGAUAGGAUUUAGAAAUAUCUUUAAUCUGAUCUGACUUUUAUUAAUACAAUUUUAAAAAUAAUGGAUUAUUGACAAAUCACUGAUCUUUAUUUAGGUUUUUAAUUGUCACUGAGUUUAUUUAAGGGAUAGUUUGACAUGAGGCUUUCCACUCAGGUCUAUACAGUAAAUAUGAAGCUAUGGGCUGCAGACGCUUCACCACAAAAACAAGGGUUAAGUGCCAGUUUAUUUAUCAGGGUAAAAUCUGAAUCAGUUUUAUUUUUACACUUUUGAAUCAGACAAAAAAGAUAUAUCAUGUCAAUUUGUAAACUUCAGAGCCGAUGGAUUAUGUUACCAGGCUUUAUACUUCCAUUCAGGCACGAGAGUGUUAUUGAUCUCCUCCAAUACAUUUCAAGUUUUGUUAGCAAUCUCUUUAACGUCACAAACCAAAGAAAAAUAAUCUGCCUCUGAGUUUUUGUCCCUUGUGCUUCCAGAAAAACUUAAUCAGGGUGAAUGUUGUGAAAUCUUGGGAUUAUGCUUUAAUGGGAGCUUGUGGACCUCGGGUCAAGUGCCACAUUAUGCACAAGUCUUUACAAUCUUCUCUAAAGGUGCUGUAAUGUCAAAUAUAUUGUGCAUCAGGCAAAAUUAUAUUCAUAAAUCCACUUCAUGUGUGUGUGUCUGUGUGUAUAUCUGCUAAGACUCAUGCAUUCUUCAGUUUCAAUUAUCUGUUUGCCCGUAUUGUGAGCCGUGUGAAUCUUAUCGCCUCUGCCCUGCGUGCACAUCACAGCUGUACUGCAGCUGUAUUACUCCUGUUUUCUAUAUGCUCUUAUCACUUCCUCCAGAUGUGUAUCUUUAUAUAGUUUUCCCUCCGGCAGAGGCUCCGAAUAGAAACAGCAGUUUAAUAUCUGUUCUCCCUGUGGCCUGUUCCUCUCGUGGGCAGUAGGAGAAAUUAACACACACACACACACAUAUGCACACACAGACAUUAUGAUCAUCCCUCAACCAAAUUCUCAUUAUGGUAAACAUACCUUUCGCCUGACUGCUACAUCAUGAGAGCAAGUGGGUGAUUUGUCUUCUCUGAGGAGGCAGAGGGGAUGAGACUGUUGCUUCCUACUCAUGCAAGACACAUUUGCAUAUUUCACGAAUAUCUUUAAAUCAUUUUUCAGUAAACAUCAACAAACGGGAAGCAUUUUAGGAAUUGAUGUGAAUUUCAGUUACUGUAUUAAUGUUUGCUGAUGUGUAUUCAGGUGGUUUGUUUAGUAAGUGUUUUUUUUUUCAUUACUUUAAAAAGUCAAAACAACAUCAGACGGCUCAGUUUUAUGUUCUGUUACUCGACAGCAUCAUGGUCACAUUAAAAUGUAAAAUAAAAAACGACAGUUCACACGAGACUGUACAUGAAUCAAUGUGAAAUAUUUAUCAUGUUAUUUUCCCAAAUAUAAACUAUUUAUAUUCCA